AUGCCAUCGCAGCUGGACGAGGCAGUGCAGGAGUGGCCUCACUGCCGGCUCUCGGUGCACGGAGAGGUCCUGCUGUUGGAAGCGAUGCUCGAAAGCCAGGUCUUCUCCUUUCUUCGCUUGGAUGGCUCGUGGAUGCUCUGGGCAAAUUCCUUGCAUGCGGCCGUUGGACUCUGA